AUGGGUUCAAUUGAAAUGGAAGACCUUCCACUGACAAGGAAUGACGCUCUGAAAUCAGAGACCGCAGCUGACAUUGAGGAAAGCGUUCAAACUGCGUUUGGAAACAUCAAAGUGUCAAUUUAUGGGGAUCGGAAAAUGCAUCCUAUCGUGACGUUUCACGACAUUGGUUUAGAUUCAGAAAGCAGCUUCCAGAAUUUUUUACAGUUCGGAGCAGUUGCUAAAUUUUCUGAGAAAUUCUGCGUGUAUAAUAUUAAUGCAUUGGGGCAAGAGGCCAGUGCAGCACCACUUCGGGAAAAUUUUACGUAUCCCUCUUUGGAUGACAUGGCAAAGCAGAUUGAGAAUGUGGUGGAUCACUUCGGGUUUGUUACUUUUCAGUUCGGUUACGCACUUAUUUUGAUAAAUCUGGUUGCUACGGCUGCAGGAUGGAUUGAAUGGGGAUACCAGAAGGCGAACAUAAGUUACUUACGGUCAACAGGAAUGACAUCUUUUACGGUUGACUAUUUAAUGUGGCAUCAUCUUGGGAAACGACUGGAAGAAUAUAACCCAGAUCUUGUUCGUGAAUAUCGUCUACACUUUCAGAACCUGCCUAACCCGCAAAAUUUGGCAUAUUUUAUCGAAUCUUAUCUGCAGCGAACACCUUUGCAAUUUUCACGUGAUGGUGAAAACGGACCAAAGUUGAAGGUCCCAGUAUUACAAAUUGUUGGAGCGGGGUCGCCAUUUGUGUCGGACACGGUGGAAGUGAAUUCGCGUCUGGACCCUGCUAAUUCAAGUUGGAUGAAAAUUUCUGACUCCUGCGGACUUGUUUUAGACGAUAGUCCAGAGAAGGUAACGGAAGCUAUGAUACUAUUCUUGCAAGGCUUAGGUUACCGUAAGUUUUCACUUUGUAUUUCUACCAGUUUUCAUUCUACUUUUUGA